CGUCUCUUUUUUACCCUCAUCUUCAUCUCUUUCCAUCUUCACCCCCCUCACCAGUCAAAAUGAUUAUCUUCGAGGACAUUAUCUCCGGCGACGAGAUGGUCGCCGACACCUUCAACCUGAAGGUCGUCGACGGCGUUCUCUUCGAGUGCGACUGCCGCAAGUACAUGAAGAGCACCAACGAGGACUUCCAGCUCGAGGGUGCCAACCCCUCCGCUGAGGGUGGUGAUGAGGAUGAGGGUGGUGAGGGUGAGAAGGUCAUGGUCCACGACAUCGAGGACCAGUUCCGUCUCGUCUGGCUCAAGACCGAGGAGGGUCUCAAGCCCUCCAAGGAUGCCUUCAAGUCUCACCUCAAGAGCUACAUGAAGAAGGUCCUCAACAAGCUCACCGAGACCGGUGCCAGCGAGGAGACCAUCAACGAGUUCAAGAAGGGUGCCCCCGGUGCCGUCAAGAAGAUCCUGGCCAACUACGACAACUACGAUGUCCUCAUGGGUCAGUCCAUGGACGGUGAUGCUAUGCACGUCCUCAUUGACUUCCGUGAUGACGGUGUCACCCCCUACGCCACCCUCUGGAAGCACGGUCUCCGCGAGGUCAAGGUCUAAGGGAAUUACAAGUCAGCCUUUCAAAAUAAAAAGAUUAAUUAUACCCCCACUUGAACGUCCCGCUCCAAUCCUCCAAUCCUCAACCUUGUUGUGCGAAGAAUGUUGUCAUGAAUCAAGAAAAAUCUUGGUUUGAAAGCAGCAAACCACCGUUUGUUGCUUUUUAGACCAAAAGUCACGCCUC